AUAAAUGUCAACAGUUUACCAAAUUCAAAAACGUGCUGAACUUGCGUCUGUUCGACGAAGUUGACGAGAAUUUUAUAAACAACUUCGCGUUAGCAGGUUUUGACGAGAAAGUAACAUGUUCGACUUCUUUAAAUGAAAUUGAUCGUGUUUGGCACCAAAAAGCGUUUUGUAUCGAGGUGAAAAUAAGGCGAAGGAUUCGAUUUUAACCGCAUCAAUUUGUUUGUUUUGAAAGCAAAAUGGCCAGGUCAAAGACGAGGCGCUCAUUUGUUGCGAAUGAAGCUCAAGAGGACGACUUGAGCCAGGAAGACCUGAACGAAGAUGAACACACGGAUGAACUCCAAACGAGGCGCAGUAUUACCAAAGCUGAUCGAGGGGCAGUAUUUAAGCGACCAGCACCACCAACUGCAUCCACUGGUGCUGCGAGAGAUUGCAACCAGGACUUCUUUCACUGCUUGAAGUUGGCUGCUGAAAACAAAAUCAGUUCUAAAAAUGCAUUUGGACUGCAAAUGAUUGAUAUUCUCGGAGAACAAGUGGCUCAGAAGGAUUCGUUCAUCAGCAAGAAUUUUCAACUGGCAAGCUGUUCUCUGGACGCCGGGACAAAAAUUUUUGCCGCUCGAGUCGAUUGCUUGGCAAAAGAAACCGACAUCUUGCAAAUGGUCAUGAGUAAAAAGGGUGGAAAUGGCGAGGAACCUGACGAUGAUGAGGCUCCUGGUGACAACGAGGAGGACGUUGUGCAAGCAAAGAAAAAACGAAUCAAAAAGUUGAGGAGAAAUCAAGUGUUUGCCAAAGACUACAAAGAUUUGCAGAUGGACCUGACCAAAAUCCACCGGGCGAACUCUCUAUUUCCCAUAUUAGGCAAUUUAAUGAACGAGGACAUCAACUCGUUUAAUUUUACCGAGAGGAGUGAGCAAGGCGCCACUGAGCAACUCUUGCCAAGCAAGCUUGAGCGCUCCGAACCAAAUACUCUGAUGAAAAUUCACCUUCAGCAACUGACAAAGGAAAUGUCGCUAUGCCCCACACUUGAAAAGUUUGCUCUGGAGUUUGACUUGUCUGAAAAUGCCAAUGAGCUUUUUAAUUCAUCUGCAGCCAGCCUAAGCGGCAGUCCAUUGAUUUCGCUCAGGGACUUUAAUGAGUCGUCUCUUGAGGAUAAUCCACCCCCUGAACCAGACAACAAUUUCUUUGAUGGGACAAUCGUCGAAGAAGUUGCGGCUUGUCACCAAGGAUUUGUAGACAGGUCUCCUUCAAUGGUGGCCGACAGAUCUGUGGCCACAUUAUCCUCUGUGCCUCUGGGCAUGGUCAACAGCGGUCGCAUGAUCCAGCUGCAAGGCCCAGCCUUCUGGAAGUGGAAGAAACCUAGUUUCCCAAAUCAAAUGGCCAAAGCUGCAGUGAAGAAACGAGUUAAACCUAAGCACGAGCCUAUUAAUUUCACUGUCCAGAUUGACCUCACAAACCUGUUGAAGAAAAAGACCAGGCUUGGCCUCCAGAGAGAAACCCUGUUGAGAUGGAGUACUUCAAAAAUCACCUUGCCAUUUGAAGUGUCUGAAUUAGAUCCUGACAGUUUUGAAUCAAACAUGGACAUCACAAAGGGUAUUCUCAUUCCUCAAAUUGCAAUUCUCGGCAUGGAGAAAGUUUUUGCUCCUGCUUCUGGGAACACUGUCCAAGAUGAUGCAGCUCCAAGGGAAGACUUUUUCAAUGACGAGCACUUCCCGAUCGACAACCCACUGGAGGAUGUAAAUCAGAACGACGACAGUGACGAUGACCAUGCAGAACCUAUUUUAGGAGACGAGGAGUCUUUCAAUCUGGAUUUGGAGAAUUUGUUCAAGAACUCGAAUUUGAACAAUGCCUCUGGCCGUGCCAGUUACAUGACAUACAUAGGUUUAGACGAGAGCAACCUCAUUUCGGCUCCGCAGAUGGUGGAUACUGUGAUCCCAGAAUGGAAGCCUGCUAAGAGGUUCAACAUGAAAAAGCUGGAAGCGUUUCUUUGGGACCAGAUUCAUGUUGACAAGGAUGGGGAGGUGGUGGAUACUCAGCCGGAUUUCCACGAGCUCUACCAAAACCUUCCUCAAAAAUUACGAGAUUCAGCCAGUGCAACGACAGUCUACUAUGCCCUGCUGAAUGUUGCCAACAAGAAAGGAAUCACGAUCAGAUCCAAGAAUUUGUUCGACUGUCAGGUUGAGCACCUUGCUAACAUACCUGGUAAUGCUAUGCCUCACCCAGCCACAGAGAUGACAAGUUUUGGCGAGUAACCAAAACAGCCUUUUAUGAUACAAAAUAAAAUCUAUGAAGUCUGUUUGAAUGAAUAUCUGGUAAAUUUUAUGCAUUUUGCAAAGCAUAAGUUGUUUUAAGAACUGGCAAGUUUGAUUUCAACUAUAAUAAUAGAUGAGUGUAUUUAUGAUGCAAUAAAAAAUAAUAUACCUUUAUGUACCAGAAAAUAUAUGUAAUAUUGAUUUCUUUUAAGGAAUAAAACAUUCA